GUAUAGUUAUCGUCACGGUCACGCCACAAUCUGAAAAUGGUUUAUCAGGAAAACAAAGCCAGGUUAUUUCCAGGAUUUUUCUGUAUUUCUAUUUCCCUGUGGAUAAUAUGAUUGGGGGACAGUUCUUGGUGUGCGUAAACUGUGGACACAGAGUGCGGGAGCUAUACAAGAAAUAUAGCAACACUCUAAAAACCACCAAUUGCGAGAAAUGCCAUCUGGUCACAGACAAAUACAUCGAGUUUGAGGAAUUUAUCAUCCUAAUAGAUGCACUUCUUUUGGAUUCGUCUGCACUUCGCCAUAUAAUAUAUAAUGGCGACUUUAAGCUAUAUUGGAAAGUUUCUUUGGUGGUGUUGCUCUUGGAGUCGUUUGCACUGUGCCGCCAGAAGCUUAGCGAUCCCGCCAAUGAUGCCUUAAACGUCCACGAAAAAGGUUUCUACACAUACACGCUACAUCACAUAGGUGACUAUCUACUUAUAACCUUCUUUCUACUGCUAAUUACGUCAGCACUUGGCAUUGAUCAGAUCAAGAAAAUGGGUGUUCGCAGUUUUACCAUGACUAUUAUUAAGGUUGUUGUCAUUUCAAACUUAUCUAAGUUUUUCCUGCUCCCCAUUUUGGUAUGGCGCAAUAACACGACAGUGUUUGGGCGUAGCAUACACUAUGUGCUGGUCAUGGGCCACCAUCUCUGUUCGCUGGUCCUUGCGUAUGAGGCAGUCGGUUCUAUCAAGAAUCGUCUUCGAUGGCUGUCCAUUACAUUGGUAAUACUGGCAUUUGUCUUAAAAGAAUACAUCAGACAUUAUGCCGCAUUCCAACUGCAGUUACACUUAACGUAAAUAUUAAAUAUAUAUUAGUUUUUAUUAGUAACCAAAGAAAAUGUAUAACCGCUUCAUUUGUGCUGCAAAUUUCGGAUCGCAUAAAGCUGUGUAUGUGAUAAUAAAUAACUUAAUAAGAUA